ACAAGAGCUCCAGAGCAUCGCACCGAUCACUUUGCGGUGGAUGCGAUAGAAAAUGAGGCGCCUCUUCGCCCCCCAGGACCGUCUCAGAUUGGCCAACGAGGACGCCGUGAAUGCUUUAGCGUUUGCGCCGCCGCGGGGCGCCUGGUCCGUCGAGGCGCACGCCCACUUCCCGCCGGCGCUGCGCAAGCGCUGCGCGAAAUUAUUACUCCUAAAACCGGCGCACGUCCCGAACGUCUGCUGGCUGCGCGUUUUGUCCUAUGCCCUAGACGCACGGGAGGCGGAGCCUUUACUAGCCUCGGCGGCGGGCAACGGCGUGCAGCUCUGGCGCGGCGGCGCGCCGGCCGGCCGAUUAAGGGGGCACGCGUCCAUCGUGAGGGCGGUGGCGUUCUCGGCACGCGGCGACGCGCUCGCGACCGCUGCGUUAGAUGAGACGGUGCGCGUCUGGCGGCGGGUGGAUCCCGCACGUCGAAGAGCGGAGCGGAAGAUUAGAUCCGACGUCGUCUCCCCUAGAAGAUCAAGAAGCGCCGGCCCGCCCCAGAGGCGCUCUUGUAUGCGUUCAACAUCGCCGGCCGUGAGCGACGCGUCGGGCGGCGUGUCCGACGGCGAGCUGCCCUGCCGCUUCCGAUCUGGAAGCUUCGGCGAGCAGCAGAAAGGGGCUUGUGUGGUCUGCGGCGUCCGCGACACGGAGCCGGCCGUGGCCCUGCCCUGCUGCGGCCAGCGCUGCCACCGGAGCUGUUUGGAGCGGUGGUUGGCAUUGGCGCCGGACGCGCCGCUGCCCUCGAAGCCGCGGGCGCAGCGGUCCGUGGCCUUCGACGACGACGACGCGGAGCCGACGUGGGCGUGCGCGGCGGUGCUGCGGCACGGCUGCGAUGUUUUAAGUGUGGCGCUGUCGGAUUCCUUCUGUGUUUCGGGCGCGAGGGACGGGGGCGUGCGGAUCUGGGCGCCGCACGACAACGAACGACUGGUCCACGCGUUGCGGGCUCCCGUUAAUAACGAAACGAAUGAACAGUGGGGCGCCGUGCGGUGCCUGGCCUUUUCUGGUAGUCGCGAGCGGGUCUGGGCAGGCUCCGACGACGGCUACGUGCGCCAGUUCGUCGUGAGCACGGGCGAACUUAUGCUCAGGUUCCGCGCGCACGCGUCGCGUUUAUAUGAUGUCGCCUUCUCGCCGGAACUGAACUUAUUAGCGUCGUGCGGCCAGGACCAGUUGUUGAAGCUCUGGCGCGGCGACGUCGAGGUCGACGCGGCGCGGCACGACGCCUGGGUCCACGGCGUGGCCUUCGCGCCCGGCGGGCGUUUGGUGGCGACGGCCGGCGCGGACCUGACCGUGAGCGUGUUUCCGCUUGGUGGCGGGGGUUUCUCGGGACAAACCCCGAGCGAGCUCAAGCGCCACGAGGGCGCCGUGACCUGCUUGGCGUUUGCGCCGGCCGAGGCGGGCGGCGGCCUCGCUUCCGGUAGUGUGGACGGGACCAUCGCGCUCUGGCGCCGCGUGCACGAGGACACGGACGCGACGGACUCGGACGCCUAGUUUUCCCAUCCCCAUCGCCGUAUCUACCCCUGUUGUAACAACUCAUCAUGAUGAA